AUGGCUACUGCACCCGUCGUCCCCACCUUUAACGAUAGCAUUCCUAAUGGCGGAAAUCCCCAGGAGAUGGACGUCAAUGCGCCCUAUGUUGGCCUCGAAUGGGAGUAUGUCUACCAGGUUCUCAUGGGAUGUCUCGUCUUCGUGAUUGUCCCUGGUAUCGGCCUUCUGUACGGUGGUAUGACGCGAAGAAAGUCGGCUCUUGCCAUGGUGUUCCAAUCUCUCACCGUCAUGGCUGUCUGCACAUUCCAAUGGGCUUUUUGGGGAUUUUCUCUCGCUUUCUCGCGACACGGCGGUCCCUUCAUUGGUGAUCUGACCAACUUCGGACUGAUUGAUGUGAUGGCGGCGCCAUCUUGGGGAUCCGCUGUCAUUCCCGACAUCGUCUUUUGCUUCUACGAGCUCAUGUUCUGCGCCUGUGCCACCAUGAUCGUUGUCGGCGGUUCCUUCGAGCGUGGUCGUAUCCUUCCCUCAAUCCUCUUCGGCUUCUGCUGGGCCACUUUGUGCUAUUGCCCGAUUUCAUACUGGACCUGGAACGCCAACGGUUGGCUGUUCACAUUUGGUGCUCUUGACUUUGCUGGUGGUGGCCCCGUCCACAUUUCCAGCGGAACGGCUGGUUUGGCAUAUGCUCUUGUCCUCGGCAAGAGGAGCCGCUACGGUGAGAAGCAUGUCUACAAGCCUCACAACGUCACGAUUGUCUUCCUCGGCACGGUUCUCAUCUGGUUUGGUUGGUUUGGCUUCAACGGUGGUUCCGCCUUGAACGCCAGUAUCCGGGCCAUGAUGGCAGUCUGGAACACCAACAUGGCGGCAUCGACUGGUGUAGCCGGUUGGGUGAUGAUGGACUACAUCAAGCAUCGCCAAUUUUCUGUUGUCGGUGCCUGCGAAGGUGCCAUUGCCGGCCUGGUCGGAAUCACUCCCGCUGCUGGGUAUGUGUCGGUUUGGUGCGGAGCUGCCAUUGGCUUUAUCACCGCCAUCGUUGUCAACCUCUUCGAGAAUGUCAACGACUGGCUCCACAUUGACGACGGCCUUGAGGUCUUCAAGCUACACGGUAUUGGCGGCACGUGCGGUGCUUUCCUCACUGGUAUCUUCGCCUCGGCUUCGGUCUCGGCUCUCGACGGCGCUACCAUCGUCCAUGGUGGCAUCGACGGCCACGGCGUCCAAAUUGCCAAACAACUCGCCGAGAUCGCAGCCAUUGCUAGCUGGUCUUUCACCAUCUCCGUCAUCCUCCUGAUGAUUCUGAAAUACAUUCCUGGCCUCCAUCUCCGUGUCACGGAUGAGAUCGAGAUGAUUGGUCUCGAUUUGGAUCAAUUUUCCGACGAGACCAUUGGCGAGUGGUCACUGUUCACCGAUGAGACCGCUGGCCGUCAAGCAUCCAUUACCCACGGCAUCCAACCCCCACAGCCAUCUCCACCGCCCUCCGAGGGUGUCACGGGGGAGAAAGAAGAACCCAAGAAAGAAUAG